UAAGGAUGUAUUACGUCGUGUUCGUUGUCCUGUUCUUCAGUACGUCAACGGUAGGAACAGAUGAAGAUAAAGUGAAGGAUAAUGUGAGUAAAAGAGAAUCGUUACAACAACUUAUCCAUUUGCACCUGUUCACAAGAAAAAACGUGAACACUAGUGUGGUGUUGACCAAGGUGAAGGCUUUAAACACCACCCAGUUCAACCCGAGGCUGAAGACCGUAUUCAUCUUUCACGGAUUCGCCUCGUCCAUGCAGAACUCUUGGGUGCUGAAGAUGAAGAAUGAGCUCCUUAUCAAGGAAGAUUUGAACGUGUGUGUUCUAGACUGGGCCCACGCCGUCCAUCCACCCGACUACGUCACGGCCGUCCUUAACAUUCCUGUCGUCGGGAAGAUGAUGAUGCAACAAAUUUCACGCAUGAAAGAACUUGGCCUGCACCUAGAUGACCUUCACCUGAUUGGUCACUCUCUGGGCGCCCACUUGGCUGGAGAUAUUGGCAGAAGAUUUAACGGCAGCGUCGGGCGUAUAACAGGUCUCGACCCUGCAGCCCAUUUGUUUGAAGAACAAUCCAAGAACGAGCGUUUGGAUCCAUCAGACGCCGAGUUUGUGGAUGUGAUCCACUCGGAUGUUGCGAGGGUAACUCUACCGUUUGGGGGGUUCGGCAUCUUGCAGCCUCUGGGUCACGUUGACUUUUACCCCAACGGUGGGCUAGUACAACCCGGGUGUAAUGACAAGUACACGGGUGUAUUCCCCACAGGUGGAGUAGAGUGCAGCCACAGAAGAGCGGCAGAGUAUUUCAUGAAUUCCAUCAACACGAUGUCCCCGUGUCUAUCUCAGGGAUGUACUGGAUAUAAAUCGUUCCUCAACCACCAAUGCUCCCAAUGUUCCAACACAUCCUGUAACGUCAUGGGGUACCUGGCCAGUCCACUCAAAGGUUUGGGCCGGAUGUACCUGCAGACCAGAUCGAAACCCCCAUACUGUGAUUUUUACAACAGAAAUUUGACCGAGUGCAGGAUGUGUCCACCGGUUUUUGACCCAAAAGAAAUAGGACAUGCACCAUACGGUCAGGGUGUUUCGUGGACAUCACAGUCCUUCUUGAUACUUCUGUGUUGUGUCCUCUCGGUAUUCAUUCGAUGACAACAACUUCGUGCCAAUAUUUAAGUAUUAUAUGGUCCCCAUUUUCAAAGAGAGUGUGGUAUAUUGAUGAAUAUCUCAGAUAAAAUACCACCAUGGCAAAUUUCUGUUUUGGUAACCGAAUUGUGGAAAUCAAAAAGCGAGCUUUAAUAUUGUAUUUUUGUAUGAUUAAUGACGGAUAUUUUUCUGCUUUGAUGUUUUGUAUUUAAUGCUUUUAAUGUAUUUCAUAUAUUGGUUAGUAUUGCUGUUUAUCAAUGUAUUUUAAAAACUUUAAAUUUAAUAUUUUUAAUAAUAAAGAUGUUACAUGUGUG